AAACCAUUGCGAAAUUGAAUUUAAAUAACAAUACUCGAUAGGUUGUUUUAGCGUUGCUAAGAACGCGUGGUUGCGUAUAAAGAGGAUAUCGGUUAUUAUUUCUCUACAUAUCUUCUUUCGAGGUAUUUCAACACCAGGGAGAAUCAACACUGUUACCUGUGCAAUAUUAAAAGAUAGAAAAUGAACUUCGGCGGGUAUAAUCCUUACCAAAGCAACUACCCCCCAGCCAAUCCCUAUGGAGGGGGUUAUACUUCUUAUGGAUACGGCGGAGGUUAUGGAAACCCUUACCAGCAAAAUCCAGCCGCCCAAAUGCAAAUGCAACAAAUGCAGCAGAUGCAGGGAAUGAUGGGAAUGAUGAUGCCAGCUAUGCACACCAUGCCACCCUCAACCCAGACAGUUGUUAUCAACAACAAUGUGUGGAACACCAACAACGCCUUGAUGUCUGCAGCGGCUCAAACACUAGAUAGUGGUGAAAUGGAGGAACUUGUCCAGCAAGCUGAGGAAGAAGAGGAAGAGGAGGAGGAGGAGGAAGACGAGGAGUUGGAAGAAGAAAUUAAGGUAUCCAGGAAGAAGAACAAAAAGAAGGCCAAAAAGCAAAGGAAAGUGGAAGAGCUUUUAGCCCAGAAAAUGCAGGAGGAUGAAGACUUCAUGGCACGAUUGAAGUCUAAUUAUGUAGCUAAUUUGAAACGCCAUUUGGACAUGGAUGGUACACUUGAACCAACAGAGGGGACUGUAAAAGGCUUUACUCAUUAUCCAGAGGAUGAUCCUAUGGUAGUAUUCAUGAACGAAUUCGACGGAACACCACUUGCUGGCGAAAGAUGGGAUGCAGAAUCAGACUGUAUAUUUCUGGAUAAAGCCAUGGAUGGAGCUGGUACAAAUGAGGAGGCCAUCAUCCAUGUGAUUGCAAAUCGUACAAAUGCCCAAAGACAGAAGAUAAAGAAGAAGUUCAAGACUGCAUAUGGAGAGGAUUUAAUUGAAAGAUUGGACUCUGAGCUUAGUGGUGACUUCCUGGAGACUGUGAUGGCCCUGUUUGUCCCGCCAGCCCAUUAUGAUGCUUGGUGUAUCAAAGAGGCCAUUUAUGGUCCUGGCACAGAUGAGUCUGUCCUGAUUGAAAUCUUUGGAACCAGAACGCCAAAGCAGAUACAAGAAAUCAGAGCAGUGUAUGGCGAUGUGGCAAGUCCUAACAGAAAGUCUGGAGAAACGUUGAUCGAACAAGACAUAGAGGAUGACACAAGUGGAGACUUCAAAAGAUUCCUGAUUUCGGCUUGCCAGGGAGGAAGAAAUGAGCUGGAUCCAGAAACUCUUGAAGAGGCGGUGGAGCCUGUGCUUUUUGAGGAUAAGCCCACUGGACAAUUCAUUAUCAACAUGGAGAAGCUUGUUAACGUGGCCAAGGCCAAGAGAGAUGCCCAGAAGCUGUUCGAGGUCACUGAGGACCAGCUUGGUACAGAUGAGGAGGAGAUGAUCCGUAUUUUCGCUCUGCCCGAGGUCUACCAAUCCAGGGCUACUUAUGAUGAAUAUGUCAAGCUUACACAAAGAGAUGUAGAAAACACAAUUGACAGAGAGACCUCUGGAAACUUUGGGAAAGGACUUCUAACAAUGGUAAUGGCACUGAAAUGCCGUCCUAAGUAUUUUGCUGAGCGCCUUGUGUGGUGCAUGAAGGGACUUGGAACUCACGAUUCGGACCUGAUCCGAGUCAUUGUCUCCAGAGCAGAGAUUGACAUGGUACAAAUCAAGGAAUGUUUCCUGGAGAUGACCAAGCAGACGCUGUGGAACUGGAUCGAUCAGGAUUGUUCCGGCGACUACUGUAAAAUCCUGAAGGCAAUCGUCGGCCAAAACUAGACUAAAAUUAUUCACUGCGCUUAAUUUUUCACCAUAAGGAUUGGACAUUUCUUCAACCGAUAUUUCUUUACUGUGAUAUGUGACUUAUUCCCCUAUUAAGUAUAUAUAUAUUUUUUUGAAAAAUGCAUGUAUUCUGUUUUAUAGUCUUGUUGUGGGAACCUGUAAAUUCUAGACUUGAAUCCAAAAGCUCAAAAUGAUAGUAAUCAUGUUUUACCUAGAUGAAAUUUUUUAACUGCAUUUUAUUUAUCUGAAACCGCUUUGUUAUUUUUAUUGGUCCAUUAGUAUAUGCAGGCAUAUAUAUUUUUCUCAUUUUAUCAGAUUCAUAUAUCGAACUGUGAGUCAACUUCUAAGUUUACAAUGGUAUAAUGGUAGUUUUAUUAGAUGAUCUGCAAUUUGUUUUUGUUUUUUGCAAUGUGUUAAACAUAUUUUUGAAGAGUUCCACACAAUAAUUCUUCCUUAUUAUGAACAGCUUUAAUAACUCAAUAAAGUUUAACAAAAAUC